GGACAGGGUCAGACGGGUGGCGCGUGGGACAGGGUCAGACGGGUGGCGCGUGGGAGACAAAAACGGCACUGCAGUUUGAGUCGGCAUUAAUCUCAAUUAAGCUGUAGCUCCCUCUGUGAUGUUGGAUGUGACCCCUGUUGGAUGUGACCCCUGUUGGAUGUGACCCCUGUUGGAUGUGACCCCUGUUGGUUGCGACCCCUGUUGGUUGCUCCCUCUGCGAUGUUGGAUGUGACCCCUGCUGGGUAACCACAUCAGUGGAAUCUACCAUGGGAUUGGCAUGCCCCCUCAUCCAAUCCUGAUAACAGGGGAAUAUGUCCCUGAUAGACCCAGCUGGCUUGAGAUGAGAGCUUUCUUUCCUGUCAACAGUCAGGUCUUUCCUGGCAACGGUCAGGUCUUUCCAGGCAACGCUCAGGUCUUUCCAGGCAACGCUCAGGUCUUUCCAGGCAACGGUCAGGUCUUUCCAGGCAACGGUCAGGUCUUUCCAGGCAACGGUCAGGUCUAUCCUGGCAACGGUCAGGUCUAUCCUGGCAACGGUCAGGUCUUUCCAGUCAACGGUCAGGUCUUUCCAGGCAACGGUCAGGUCUUUCCAGGCAACGGUCAGGUCUUUCCAGGCAACGGUCAGGUCUUUCCAGGCAACGGUCAGGUCUUUCCAGGCAACGGUCAGGUCUUUCCAGGCAACGGUCAGGUCUUUCCAGGCAACGGUCAGGUCUUUCCAGGCAACGGUCAGGUCUUUCCAGGCAACGGUCAGGUCUUUCCAGGCAACGGUCAGGUCUUUCCAGGCAACGGUCAGGUCUUUCCAGGCAACGGUCAGGUCUUUCCAGGCAACGGUCAGGUCUAUCCUGGCAACGGUCAGGUCUAUCCUGGCAACGGUCAGGUCUUUCCAGGCAACGGUCAGGUCUUUCCAGGCAACGGUCAGGUCUUUCCAGGCAACGGUCAGGUCUUUCCAGGCAACGGUCAGGUCUUUCCAGGCAACGGUCAGGUCUUUCCUGGCAACGGUCAGGUCUUUCCAGGCCAAUUGACACCAGUGCAUAAUGAUCCGUUUGCAGUACCUGUUUGUUCCUCUUAUCUGUUGAAGCUAAAUAGACUAGUGCCACUGUUCAUUCUGUGGGUGAAUGGGCUCUGCUCAGCCACUCUGUUAGCUGCUAUUGUUCCUGCACUUAGUGUUCAUCUCUCUGCUGAUGGUCUUCCCUCUUUGGUUCCAUCUCUCUGCUGAUGGUCUUCCUUCCUUGGUUCCAUCUCUCUGCUGACGGUCUUCCCUCUUUGGU